GGUGGGAGGCUUCGGCCGUGGCUAGUUACCACCCUACCGGCAAAGACGUACCGCCAAGCGAUUUAGCGUUCCGGUACGAUGCCGUGUACAAACCGAAAGAUCACUUACCAUCAGGUGAGAUUGUAGUCAAGGGCUAACUUAAAGAAUAAAAAAAAAAUCCACCGAUGGGCUAUAAGGUUCAUAAUAAUUGAAUAAGAAAUACAAACGUACGAACAUAGGUACUUCCUAAAACACUUGUGUAAGUAAUAGUACCUACCACAGAAGGUAAUUUCCGUGUAUGGUACUUUGACGAAUUCAAUAGAUCCUAAAUUACAUCUUGUUAUAAUAUCAUUAGCCAGCCCAUUUUCUGAAUGCUCUUAUACACUUAUGUCAUUACACAGAAUUAGCGUUGCAUGUAUAGAAACGAAAACUGUUAGCAUUUGUAUUGUUUAGAGGCCAGCGGUGUACUGAAAUAUGAACAAGUUAAUGAUUUCAUAUAUUCAAAGGACAUAAAUAUUUACUAUUUAUUUUCGACUUAUUAAUUUGGCAAUGGAAAUGAAAAAGGACAACAUAGUAAAGGUGUCAAUAGAAGAAGACGUAGCGGAGAUAGUGAGUGGGUUCGGGCGCUACCAGAGAUGGCAGUGCCUCCUGGCGAUCGUCCCGGUCAUCUGCACUGCACUAAGCAAUACCAACUUUGUAUUUGCAGCUGCGGCUAUUGACUACAGAUGUGCAGUACCACAAUGUGAAGUGAACAACGCAACAUUCGCGACACCAGGCUGGUGGCCGACCAAUGUCAGCGACACCCGCUGCAGCCGACCGGCCUACUCCAGCAACUCUACCUGCGACCCUGGCGACUACGACCAUGUGGAGGAAUGCGAUCUGUGGAUCUAUGAUACAAGAAAUUCUAUUGUUAAUGAGGUAGAACAGCUAUAUUAAAUAUUCGAAUGACAUUAGUCUUAUUCAUACAUUAGUAAGCCCUCAUUCACACGAGAU